GCCACCACCACAACAAAACUUCUCCAACAAUCAAGCAAGUGGAACUACAGACUGGAUCUCUCCUUCCCUCCCCUCGCAUGGCUGCCGAGUUCCUGCACAUAUAACUUCAGUGUAAAGUUCUGCUGGCGGACGCAGAGGAGGGGGGUCCCCGCUUGGAAAGAUGGAGCAUUUAAUACGGAGCAGAGCGCGCAGGAGAAUACCGCUGUUUAUUUACAUCCUGCUGCGCGUAACAACGACCCACGCGGCAGAUCCCAUUGAUGUUCUGCAAGUGCUGGAGCUGUCAGAGAAGAUGGAAGGGGUGUCCCUGGAGGCUGGUCUCUGCACCAGCAGGACGGGCUUCGACGAGCCGGACAUGGCCUACAAGAUCGAUAAAAGAAUCCAGCUCAGCGCUCCAACCCGACAGCUUUUCCCUGAUUCAACCAUAUUUCCUGAGAAUUUCUCCGUGAUGACUACGGUGCGAGCUAAAAUGGGCUCCCAGUUCUUCCUGCUUUCGGUGUAUGACGAACAGGGGGUGCAGCAGCUGGGCCUCGAAGUGGGCCGUUCACCCGUCUUCCUGUAUGAGGACCAGCAUGGACAGCCCACACCCAAAAUGUAUCCCAUCUUUAAAGAGAUCAACCUGGCCGAUGGAAAAUGGCACAGGGUAGCCUACAGUGUGCAGGACAAGACGGUGACCCUCUACCUGGAUUGUGAGCAGAAAGACACCGUGGAUCUGCUCCGUGGGGACAAUGCUCGAGUCAGCACAGAGGGUGUCACUGUGUUCGGGACACGGCUGCUGGACGAAGGCGUAUUUGAGGGAGAUAUUCAGCAACUGCUGAUUCUGGAGGACCCGCAGGCUGCUGCUAACUACUGUGUAAACUACAUACCAGAUUGUGACUCUGCUGCAAUGGCCCCGCAGGACCAGAACUCCCAACUCGGGUCUGAUUUUCUGAUGCAUGAAACAAAGGAGCCCACCAAAAAGGACAGGAAAGGCAAAAAGAAGAGGGACAAGGGCUCUAAAGGAAAACGCAAGGGCAAGGGCAAGGGCAAGAAGGGAUCCAGGAAGAAAAAACACCAAGAGGAGGAUCUUGAGGAUGGGUUCCUCAGAGUGUCCACGACGGUGCCUCACCAUCUCCCCCAAGAAACCUUUCAGCCCACAGAUUUGCCCGAAAUUAAGAACACCCCAGAAACUGUCACCCCCACUGAAGUGCUGGACAAGACCCUCGUGGAGAUGGCCACACGUGAACCUGACUCUACAGCCGUGGUGCCCACUGCGUUGCCUGAAUCAAAGGUUCCUGAGGAGGAGGACAAGCAGGUGAAGAAACCAGUUAAAGAGGAGCAUGGAGAUGACCUUUACGGAGACCUCUAUGAUAAUCCAUCAGUUGCCACGGUAACAAAAGGCCUGAAUGUUACUGAAUACGAGAUUCUUGAAUAUGAAGAUUACAAGAAUGCCACCCAGUAUGAAGAGUACGAGGCAUACGACGACGCUUUUGAAUUUGCAGAGCGGGAAAGAGCAGAGACGUGGGAUGGGCAGGAAACUCGGGAAAACGUCAAAGCAGAGAAGGGCCAGAAGGGAGAGCCAGCUAUAAUUGAGCCGGGUACAUUAGUGGAUGGACCUCCGGGUCUACCGGGGCUACAGGGCCUCACUGGCCCAGCUGGACCAACAGGCCCUCCAGGACCCAGGGGAGAUUCUGGUGAAUCGGGUCCCCCUGGACUUCCUGGUCUUGCUGGGGUUGAUGGGAUUCCAGGUCCUCCAGGAACGCUGUUGAUGCUACCAUUCCAGUAUGCAGGUGAUUCCCAGAAGGGACCAGUGGUGUCUCCAAUGGAGGCACAAGCACAGGCUAUACUGCAACAGACAAAGCUAUCAUUUAAAGGACCUCCAGGUCCACUUGGUCUAACCGGGCGAUCAGGUCCACUGGGAGUGCCCGGUCCCACUGGGCUCAAGGGGGACAUGGGAGAAAGUGGCCUCCCUGGACCACAUGGGUUGCCUGGCCUUGCAGGAACUAAUGGAAAGCCAGGAAAGAGGGGGCGCAUGGGAGCUGACGGAGGUCGUGGAGCUCCAGGAGAAACAGGAUCCAAGGGGGACAGGGGCUUUGAUGGGCUGCCAGGUCUCCCAGGAGACAAGGGACACAGAGGUGACAAGGGAAAGCCGGGUCCUCACGGGCCUGAUGGAGAGCCAGGAGAAAAGGGAUCUGAUGGACCCGUGGGCCCAAGGGGGCAACCAGGCGAACCCGGUUCUCGGGGUCUUGUUGGGCCAAGAGGGCCACAUGGACCACCUGGUCAACCGGGUAUUCGUGGAACUGAUGGAGUGCAAGGGUCAAAGGGCAACCUGGGUGAAGCUGGAGAGAUAGGACCCCCAGGUCAACAGGGGAAUCCAGGAGGCCAGGGCUUGCCUGGUCCCCAGGGUCCCAUUGGGUUGCCAGGAGAGAAGGGUCCCCAGGGGAAACAAGGCAUGGUGGGACUACCAGGCAUUGAUGGCCCAACCGGUCAUCCAGGAAGAGAGGGCCCCGCGGGGGAGAAAGGCAUCCAAGGUUUAAUAGGAGCUCAGGGGCCCGCUGGAUACCCAGGGCCCCGGGGAGUCAAGGGAGGGGAAGGAGUAAGGGGUCUAAAGGGAAGCAAAGGAGAGAAGGGGGAAGAUGGCUUCCCUGGCUCCAAAGGUGAUAUGGGCAUAAAGGGAGACAGGGGAGAUAACGGAGCUCCUGGUGCUCGUGGAGAGGACGGACCAGAAGGGCCAAAGGGCCAGACGGGACUAUUGGGUGAUUCAGGAGCUCUUGGGGUAGCUGGCGAGAAGGGUAAACUUGGUGUGCCCGGAUUGCCAGGAUACCCCGGAAGGCAAGGUUCUAAGGGAUCACUUGGCUUCCCUGGAGGGGCCGGGGUGUCAGGAGAGAAAGGACGAAGGGGUCCAGCUGGUCAAGCCGGGUCCGGGGGGCAGAGGGGUCCUACUGGAGCCCGAGGUGUGAGAGGAGCAAAUGGGCCCACUGGAAAGCCUGGAGAAAAGGGUUCUUCUGGACAAGACGGUUCUCCAGGUUCCACCGGAGAACAGGGCCCCCAAGGACCACAGGGACAAAACGGUGAAAUAGGAUCUAGAGGGCCGAUUGGUCCACCCGGAAAAGAUGGAUUACCGGGUCAUCCAGGCCAGAGAGGGGAACCAGGCUUCCAAGGUAAAAAUGGACCCCCCGGCCCCUCAGGUGUUGUAGGACCACAGGGCAAAUCUGGUGAGACAGGACCAACUGGAGACAGAGGCCAUCCAGGAUCACCAGGACCACCGGGUGAGCACGGCUUACCGGGAUCUGCCGGAAAGGAGGGUGCCAAGGGAGACCCAGGACCAUCGGGCGCCUCGGGGAAAAGUGGCCCUGCUGGGCUGCAAGGCUUCAGGGGGAGCAGAGGGACCCCUGGUGUUAUGGGUUCUGCAGGCCUGAAGGGAGGAGAGGGCCUACCUGGUGUUGCAGGGCCUAUUGGUUCCACCGGAGAGAGGGGACCCGCUGGUCAGGCAGGCGCUAUUGGCCAGCCGGGACGGGCUGGCGCGGUGGGUCCCGCUGGGCCGAUGGGAGAGAAAGGCGAGCCAGGAGAGAAGGGGCCUGUGGGGCCGGCUGGAAAUGAUGGGGAACUGGGACCUGCCGGGCUGCCAGGCGCGGCGGGAUCACCUGGACCUCCUGGAGAGGACGGAGACAAGGGAGAGACAGGAGGACCAGGCCAGAAGGGCAGUAAAGGAGACAAAGGAGAAGCUGGAUCUGCAGGACCCAUUGGAGUUCAAGGACCUGUGGGCCAAACAGGACCGCCAGGUGCAGAUGGUGAGCCAGGUCCUCGUGGGCAGCAGGGCAUGCACGGGGCAAAGGGAGAUGAAGGACACCGAGGCUUUAAGGGAGCAUCUGGUCCUACUGGACUACAGGGAAUGCCGGGACUACCAGGGGAGAAAGGGGAGAGCGGGCAUGUCGGCUCCAUGGGCCCUCCAGGACUGCAUGGCCCACGUGGCCCUCAGGGGUCCAUUGGUGGAGAGGGUCCACCUGGAAUGUCUGGUGGAGUUGGUCAGCAUGGAGUUGUUGGGGAGAAGGGUGAGGACGGAGAAGCAGGAAAUCCUGGGUCCGUUGGAGAGCCUGGCAUCGCUGGUGCUAAAGGUGAUUUUGGGGAAAAGGGUGACUCUGGCCUUUCCGGUGCAGCUGGGCCCCCAGGACUCAGAGGAACACCAGGGGAGGACGGACCCAAAGGCAUCCCUGGCCCGGUUGGAUUUCCUGGCAAUUCAGGCCCUCCUGGAGAACCUGGCGUCAAUGGAGUAGAUGGUGGACCGGGGUCUAAAGGAGACAAUGGAGCAUCUGGCAAAGGAGGACCUCCAGGAGCCUCCGGAGAGCCAGGUCCGUCAGGACCUCCAGGACGGAGGGGUCCUAUAGGUGCUGCGGGAAAAGAAGGGAAGCAAGGCAUGAAAGGAGCCAAGGGGACAACAGGGACCCAAGGUCCAGUUGGGAAGACGGGCCCAGUGGGACCUCAAGGCCAGCCAGGGAGGUCUGGCCCAGAAGGUCUUCGAGGCAUCCCAGGUUCAGCGGGCGAGCACGGGUUAAAUGGCCCACUGGGACAAAGUGGACCACCAGGACCAAUUGGGCCACCGGGACUUCCAGGAUUAAAAGGAGAACCUGGAAACAAGGGAGACAAAGGUCAUGGUGGUUUGAUCGGUCUAAUUGGCCCCCCAGGAGAACCUGGCGAGAAGGGAGACAGAGGCCUCCCCGGCAUCCAGGGUACCCAAGGGCACAAAGGAGAUGAGGGUACGCCCGGCACACCUGGUCCCACUGGUCCACUUGGACCACCUGGGCUGUCAGGCGCAGCUGGCGAGAAGGGAUCGAAGGGAGAAACAGGUAUUGUUGGUCCCAGAGGAGAUCCAGGCACUGCUGGACCCCCGGGGCCCCCAGGACCUCCUGCAACAAUGAUUGAGCCGCUGCCUAUCAGAGAGGGCUGGCGGAAGAGACGAAGGCACGUCGCUCAGGUGGGAGGAGCAGCCGCAUUCAGCGAGGAAGAUGUGGAUCUGGAGGACUUACUCCAGGGAGAUCAACCUCUGGAGGACGCCGAGGGCAUGGAAGAAGUCUUUGCCACCCUAUCUUCUAUGAAGAACGACGUCGAAGUGAUGAGGAGGCCCUUGGGAUCCUUUGAGAGCCCUGCCCGGACCUGUAAAGAGCUCAUGAUGGUCCAACCGCACUACAAAGAUGGAGACUACUGGAUUGAUCCUAACCAGGGCUGUCACAGAGACUCCAUCAAGGUCUACUGUAACUUCACAGCUGAUGGAGAGACAUGUCUCUACCCUGACAAGAGGAUCGAGAAUGUGAAAUUAGCAGCGUGGAACAGAGAGAAGCCAGGAAGCUGGUACAGCCAAUACAGGAAAGGCAAAGCGUUCUCCUACAGUGACAGGGAUGGGAACCCCGUGCACGUAGUUCAGCUGACCUUCCUGAAACUCCUGAGUGCCACGGCCAAGCAGAGCUUCACCUACACCUGCCAGAACUCGGCAGGCUGGUUUGACAGCACCUCUCGUUCCCAUCAGCGCGCCCUCCGCUUUCGGGGCAGCAAUGACGAGGAGUUGACACAAGCCAAAAGCCCCUUCAUCAAUGCAGUCCAUGAUGGAUGCCAGUUCCGCAAAGGUCAGGAACGGACUGAACUACAGAUCGACUCUCCCUCGGCAGAGUUGCUCCCUCUUGUAGACGUGGCUCCAACCGACUUUGGCAACGGCAAUCAGAAGUUUGGAUUCCAAGUCGGACGAGUAUGUUUCAACGGUUAACAUCUUGCCGACAACAAGAAAAAGAAGAAAAAAAAAAAAAAAGACCUGCACAAAGUUUUCACUCAAGAAAACUGGACUUUUACUGCUUCCCAAAGCAAUAUUUAUUAUAUCAUGUUCCUGUAUGUGAUGGGUUGUGGUAUAUAAUUUAAGACUAUUCAAAAGCCAAUGAGAUUGGUUCUAUGGCUUAGCAGCAAUAAGAAGAACGACGAGGAGGAGGAUGUGUACCAGUGGGAACUCAGCACAUUCGUCAAAGCCAAUUAAAUAUGUUUUUCUUUUCAUUUUCCUCUCACUGCUCACCUGUGCUGUAAAAUAUCCUUUAUGACCACGUAUAAACAAGGCAGAUCAGUAUGUACCAUCGUUCUGUGGUAUGGGUCGGUUAAGCGGGACUUCUCAGACCUUGGAUGAACGGGUGCCUGCCUAAGGUUUAACACAGACUGCGGCCAAGUAAAUCAGAAACAUUGUCAUACUCAUUUGCAUUCUCAGAUUUCCUCAUAAUGACAAUUGCAUAGCAGUUGUGAACAAGCCUAGCAUAUCAAUUCCACACACCACAAUUAAUUUCCUGUGUGCUGGAAUGAUAUAUUAUCCUUUUUACCCUUCAACUGCAGUUUGCUCAGUGAAUUACAUUGAUUAGUAUUCAAUAGGCGUAGCUAGUUAUUGAACCCGACACUUACUUGAAUGGAUAAGGUUGUUUCCUUUAUUGGACCGCGUCCCUGCAUAAGCUGGUUAAUAAGCUUUGUGAGCCCUCCGUCUUUUCAAGGACUACAGUGUUUUAUGUCAGACUGACACUCUUUUUUCCCUGUGGUUUAUAUUUCCUAUGACAUAACAGACAAGCAAAUACGUUGAGGAUAUUUUGAGCAAGAGUCAACAGCAUGUUGAUCAAAAUAAUCUUAACUGUUCUUCAUACCAAAAGACACAUCUCUUCCUCACAUAACCUUAUUCGUCUUCUCACAUAGUUUUCUCACAUGUUUUUCAGUUUUGUUCAUAUGUUUUCACUGAAUAUUCUACUGUUCAUUUGAUAUGAUUUGCCGCUGCAGUGGUGCUAAGGAUGCUUCUGUUACACUGUGUCUGUGUGUGUGUGUCUGUGGGCAGAAUUAUAGGACUGGAGAGGGAGAGGGUAUUUGCACUUUGAGCAGCACAAAAUGCCCUCAAAGGCCGGGGACUAGUCUGCUGUGUUUUUUUGCACAUCUUCUGGCUGAUUGUGCAAAUUUCACAGGGUCAGUGAAAAGAGGUUAGUGACAAGUCAGAGUGUGGUUGAUUGCUUUACCGGGAAAAAUCUAUCUUAACCAAAUCAAGACAACUAUCUUCCUAACUAGACGUUACAGCAUCAAGGCUGGAGUCAUUGGUGUCAUCAUGUAACAUGUUGAGAACUGAAUAGGUUGUAGUUUUUCUUUCAGACUAUCUGAGAUGAUUGUAGAGGUGUGAAUCACAAUGUGUCCUCACAUCCCAGUAAAUGACCACAGGUCCCAUUACAGUGCCAUGUCAUCUCUUUAUUCACAGUCAGUGUUACAGCUCCAGGAUUUGUGUUUUAAUGACAUUAUUACUGCACGGUCUGUCUCUGUAUGUUGGCUUGAGCAGAGACUUUAAUAUUACAGAAAUGACACAUGUGAUGUCAAUUUUAUGGAUGAUUUUACCUUUAAAACGUUACCGUUCUGUCUACCUCCUCCUCAAACAGCAGACUGUGUGCCCGACAUGUGGAAUUUGUUGAAUUAGUUUCAAAGCAUUUAAGAAUUCUAGUAACUAACACAUCUCCUCCUUUUCCUUCACGUGCUGCCCAUCCUGUGUAUUGUGUUCGUUCUACUAAUAUUGUAUACUGUACAGUAAUUCUGAGGCCUGAAUGAAAAACAAAUGCAUUUGUCAAAAAUUGAUGUUCGAAUAAAAACAAACC